AUGGUUAGAAGACCUUCAGUUACUGAGGAUAAAGCUCCAAAGGAGCGUAAAAUAUCAAAGACCCAUGCUGCUCAUAUAAUUAAUACCCAAGAUGAUUAUAAACAUAGAUACAUUUCUGUACAACCUCUAGACAUUUUCUGCUGGGGUAGUGGUCCAAUGUGUGAAUUGGGUUUAGGUCCAUUAGCCAAGAAUAAAGAAGUUAAGAGACCAAGAUUGAAUCCAUUUUUGUCAAAGGAUGAAGUUAAGAUUGUUUCCUUUGCUGUAGGUGGUAUGCAUACCAUAGCAUUGGAUUCUGAUAUGAAUGUUUGGUCUUGGGGUUGUAACGAUGUUGGUGCCCUUGGUAGAGAUACUUCUGGUGCUUCUGAAAAAUUAAAAGAUAUGGAUGCUGAUGAUUCUAGUGAUGACGAUGAUGGUGAUUUGAACGAACUAGAAUCUACCCCUCACAAGAUUCCAAGAGAAAAUUUCCCACCUUUGGCUGAUGGCCACAAGGUUGUUCAAUUAGCUGCAACUGACAAUAUGAGUUGUAUUCUAUUUAGCAAUGGUGACGUUUACGCUUGGGGUACUUUCCGUUGUAAUGAAGGUAUUUUAGGUUUUUACCAAGAAGAAAUAAAGAUUCAAAACACUCCUUGGAAAGUUCCAAAUUUCAGCAAGUAUCAAAUUGUUCAAUUAGCUCCAGGUAAGGAUCAUAUGCUAUUCUUAGAUGAAGAAGGUGUUGUAUUUGCUUGGGGUAAUGGUCAACAACAUCAAUUGGGUAGAAAAGUAAUGGAAAGAUUCCGUUUGAAAACUUUAGAUCCAAGACCAUUCGGUUUGAAACAGGUUAAAUACAUUGCAUCCGGUGAAAACCAUUGUUUUGCCAUUAAGAAAGAUGGUAAGGUUGUAAGUUGGGGUUUAAACCAGUUCGGUCAAUGUGGUAUAUCUGAAGAUAUCGAAGAUGGAGCCCUAGUCGAAUCUCCAAAGAAGGUUUUAUUGCCAGAAGAUUUCAAGGUUAAAUCAAUUGCUGCUGGUGAACACCACUCUUUGGUUUUAUCUGAAGAAGGUGAUUUAUACACAUUUGGUAGAUUAGAUAUGUUUGAAGUUGGUAUUUCCAAAGAUAAAUUACCUGAAUCUGCUUACAAAGAUGAGCACGGUAAAGCUCGUUCAAUUCCAAUUCCAACUAAAUUAGAAGAUGUACCAAAAUUCAAGACUGUUGCCGCCGGUUCUCAUCACUCUAUCGCUGUUGCUAAGAAUGGUAUUGCUUAUUCCUGGGGCUUUGGUGAAACAUACGCAGUUGGUUUGGGUCCUUCAGGUGAUGAUAUUGAAAUUCCAACCAGAAUUAAGAAUACUGCAACUCAAGAACAUAAUAUAAUUAUGGCUGAUUGUGGUGGUCAAUUUUCUGUAUCUGGUGGUGUCAAGUUAUCCGAGGAGGAAGCUGAAAAAAGAGCUGAUGAAAUGGAUGAUUAA